CGGCGGUGGUGAGGUGGCGCACAAGUUGAUGUGAUGAUGUGGGACAGAAGAGUUGACCUGUGCAGAGUGAGCAAAAGUGUGUGUAAGCUUGCUCUGUCGGCAAUCGCGCGUGCAUCGCAUUCUGUACUGCGCCCGAUGCGUGAGGAGCAGUAGAUUUCGUCUUCGACGUGUGUGUGUUUCGUCUUCGGGGUCGAAAGCUUUCGUCCGACCCAAUCAUCGACACCUUCAUCGGCGUGUGAAUAUGGCCAACCAAGGUUUCUGAAGUAGUGAUGCUGCCCAGGGAGUUGUGACAGCAGACGUGGGAUCGAUGCCUCUUGUUCUCAACAUGACUGGAUACGGUUGUGAUUGUUGGGCCCUCUACAUGGAGGCAGACGAGAGCAGUGUACUUGGACUCCGAGCUGUGAUGUCUGUAGGGAUCACAAGUGGAGAAGUGAAGGAAAGGAAAUGGGUCGCAUAUCCUAGCAUUAAUUUUCGGCGAUGAUUAAGGCGAUGGUCUGUGACAAGGACCGUUUUGCUCAAUGGGGGUCUCACAUCGGUAAGGAUGCAGGGAAGAUGGCGGCCAUAUUGGAACUCCCGAUGCCAUCAUUAAAGCUGGUUAGUGAUGGUGGACACCUGAUUGCGGGUCUGAUGAAGGAGACGACCGAAAGCUUUGCUGUUGAAGUAGGGAGAGUGAAUACUAUGGAUUCUUUCUUUCGUGUGCAAGAAGGAAGAAGUGGAGGUGGGGAUGAUGGAGAGAAGAAGGGGGACAGCAAAGCCCUCGUUUCGAAUGAUACCCAUCUAAAAGUUGUCAUGGGGGGUGGCGAAGGAUUCGCGCAUGGAGGGGAGGAGAAGGAGGGGCAGCAGCAUACCCUCCCAUCCCCUUCCCCUGGGGAUGGCCACGGGACAUCAUCCGCGUUGCUGAAGGGUGAAGCAUUCGUGAAUGGAGGGGAGAAGGGGAGUCAUAACCUCCCGUCGUUGCCUGCGGAUGUCCAUCCAGUCCACGGGACAUCUGUGUUGGUGAAGGGUGAGGCGGACUGGCUUGCAGCGAAAGACGCAAAGCAAACCGAGACCGACGAUGGAAAGGCGGUGGUGCACUCGCCGGCUGUGGAAGAAGAUGUGAUGAUGACAAUAGGCAAACUGACAUUGCGAGAUGGUGGUGAUGAUGGGGCUCCAGUGGAGAUAGCGAAGCUGCCAGAACUGAGGGAGGUAGGGUUGGGUGAAAAUCCUUGUCAAAAUCCGAUGGCUAGCAACAUGCAGACCGUGGAAGAGGGGGAGGGAGGAAGCGAAACUGCCACUGCGAGAACUGAGGGAGGUGGAGGAGGAGAUCGAGAAGAAGAUCCCACAAGUAGGGUAAUCGCAGACGAAGCAUGCUGUGGGGAGGUGGCAGAAGGCAAAUUUUGCUCUGCGGAAGCGACAAAGUCAGCAUUGGAUGCCGAGAUGGCUGAUGUCCGUGAAUCCUUUCACGGUGCAGGAAUCAAGGGAUCAGAUGAGUAUGACGGGACUGUUGACUCGGCGAUGAUUCCUACCAAGCCAUCUUCUGAGGCCUUGGAGUUUUCUCAAUCGCCGCCGUCUGCUCUUCCAUCAUCCAGCGAUUGCCAGCAGGACUCCGACUCUUCGGCGCCUACGCCUACCAGUGCCAACCUCGCUGUUCCUUUGGGAGGUCAUGCUGACUCUCUGGGCAAUCAGGGAACAGCGGAGGAGGAGGUACGAAGGUCGAUCCCGGGUGGAAGUUGCCUGGGAGGUCAUGCCGACUCUCUGGGCAAUCAGGGAACAGCGGAGGAGGAGGUACCAAAUUCGAUCCUGGGUGGAAGUUGCCUGGGCGCGGAAGCAGACAAAGAUAUUGGACCACGGCCAUCGCCGACUUGUCAGGGGUCCGAUGAGCAACUGGAAGAGGCAAACGUUUGCCGCGAUCCGCCUCCAACGCCUCCUCUAGUUCAACGACAAAGUAGCACCCCUGUCACGCCCCCCCCCCUUUUGUUGACUAUUCCACACCCUUCAAUUUCUGGGGGUCGUGGCGGCAUACCCAUCCCCAAACCAAGUGAAGGAACAACCCCUCCGCCGCUGAGCAUCAAGGAUGGCCAGGAAUGGAAGGAUCUGAGACUGUCGGCAAGAAGGGAGAGGGAGGUGACAACUCCAUGGGAGGAUCGACUUGCCUCCCCUCGAUGCAGAACCCCUAGGCCUCAGAGUGGCAGUGUCGUCCGCUCUGGGAGCAUAGGAACACCAAGGCGCGGCACGUCGUUCUCAGAGACUUGCGAUCUGUUGGCGUUGGCGGCGGCGCGCUGUGGAGAAUGCAAAUCUUCACAGGAGGAGAAGAUUGUCUGCAAGCACCCGCUUCCAAAGGAGAGUGGAGUUGAAAAGGACUCGGACUCUCCUCGAUUUCAAGCAAUUCUGCGUGCUACAAACGGCGAGUGCAGCACAUCCGAGCCUCCAAAGGAGGUCGUGAUGGAAGACUGUGCUCCUGUGUCCAAGGCAGGUGCUGAAGCAGGCGAAGGACCUAUGCAUGGCAACUGGAAAAGCGCCAGGGAGUCUGAG